AACCGGAGCGUUGGUUAGUCUGUAUCUAAAUGUCUUGCAAACACCAUUGACUAUUGUUUUUUUUUUAUAUAUAUAAAAAUUGUAUCGCAAUAUGUUUCCGAACUGAUAUCAACAGUUAAACAAGUAAUGUGAUUAUGUUGUUAUAAAUCUUAAGAGAUAAAUUAAUGAUGUCAAAGGAUAAUAAAAUGAAGAAAGACAAUUUUGAUUCAACAGCUGAGCUGACAACCAAUCCUGGUUUCCAGUCAUCACUCAGCAUAACAUCAAAGAACGACAAGCCAUACAACCCGUUUGAACAUAGGUCCCUCGAACAUCCCAACUCAACUAUUGGUUCAAUUGUGCACCUGUUGAAGGCAUGCCUGGGCACUGGUCUGCUGGCCAUGGCGGCUGCGUACAAGAACUGUGGUCUACUGGCCGGCUCCUUUUGCACGGUCAUCGCCGGCUUGAUCUGUACCCAUACGGUGCAUUUGUUGGUAAAAACAUCACAAGACGUUUGUGUUGACGCCAAAAAGCCCUCUAUGAGUUUUGCGGAGACUUGCGGCGCAGCUUUUACUCACGGGCCCAAAAAGCUGCAGUCUUGGGGAGGAUUUGUCAAAAACUUUGUCGACUAUUCAACGUUGCUGACUUAUAUAAGCGUGUUAAUUGUUUAUAUUGUAUUCAUCGGCUCAUCUCUAGAAGAGGUGUUCAUGGCAUAUAUUCCCGAGUACGAGAUCUCAGUGCAAGCCUGCUGCGCGCUGACGCUUGUUCCACUGGCCCUCAUCUGCCAAGUGCGCAACCUGAAGUACCUGGUCCCUUUCUCACUGAUAGCCAAUGCCCUAAUUUUGGUAGUGUUUGGCAUCACUUUCUAUUACGUGUUCUCUGAUCUGCCGUCGCCGAGUGAGAGAGAGAUGGUGGUGGAUAUCACCAAGUGGCCGUUGUUCUUCAGCACGGUGAUCUUCGCCAUCGAAGGCAUAGGCGUGGUAAUGCCAGUUGAGAACGAGAUGGCUCACCCACAGAAAUUCCUCGGCUGUCCCGGGGUCCUCAAUACUUCCAUGACUAUAGUAGUAUUAUUGUACGGAUUGGUUGGCUUCUUUGGUUACCUUCAGUUUGGGGACGAAGUGAAGGGAAGCAUUACGCUGAAUCUACCACAAGAUGAAAUCUUGGCGCAAACAGCGAAAUUGUUGAUGGCCCUUGUGAUAUUAUUUUCGUAUGCGUUACAAUUCUACGUGCCCAUGGAGAUUAUCACCAGACUCCUCCUGAACAGGUUAUCCAACAGAUUAAACAACCUUAUUCAAAUCAUCAUCAGAAUUUUUAUCGUCAUUAGCACUGUUGCCGUUGCUGCAGCCUUCCCGAACUUGGAAUUGGUCAUCAGCUUCGUCGGUGCCAUUUUCUUCUCCACUCUCGGUAUCUUGAUCCCGGCUGUGGUCCACACCGUGUACAAUUGGGACCGAGGCUUGGGCAAAUUCAACUAUAUUCUUUAUAAGAAUAUUUUACUAGGUUGUGUCUCAAUAUUCGCGCUUGCGUCAGGCGCUUAUGUAUCAGCUUUGCAAAUGGCCGAAGAACUGAAUGGCAACGGUAUUGAAGAAAGUACUGGAAAUCUAACUUUGACUGAUAAUUCUUAGACUAUUACAGAUUUUGAUUUUGGAAGACUUGAAGUUUGGAUGAUUUAGCAUUCUCAGUGACCAUAUUAUAAUCAUUGACAACCAAUGUUAUUGGAAAUAAUUUAGACACACUUAAUAAAUUUGGUUACUUUAGGAUUGGCAGUAGUAGGCACAUAAUAUAGCCAAGAAAAUUAGGUUAUCGGAUAUACUCGUAGGUAGAGUAAGUAGACGAAUUAAAACUAUUUUGAGUGUAAUUUUGUGAUACAAACAAUUGAUUUUCAUUUGCAAUGAAAGAAAGUAUGUAGUUAAUUUACAAAAUUAUGAUUAGUGCAAAGUACAAAGGUUAGUAAUUAUUAGAUUCAACAUAAUUAAAUUAAUUUUUAUAAAAAAAAAUAAUUUAACAGUCGGUUGCACCAGUGAACUUUGACGUUAACUUGUAAUCUGCGUAAGCGUUUUUCUGCGCAGGUUGACAAACAAGCAACUGGUGUAGUUUAGACUAUGAUUAAAGGACUCGAAUUUAAAUUGUUUAAUGACGAUUAAUGUGGCAAGCAUUAAAUAGUUGUUAAUAAAGCCUUUCAAUUCAGAUGUCAUCAAAAGAAUAAAAAAUAUGUACAUACGAGUUCAAAGGAAAUUUUUGGUAUCCAUAAUGUCCGUAUUUAGAGACAAUAAUUUAACUUCUUUCAAAUAUUUAUAAUAAAAAUGCGUUGUCCAAAAAAGAACUGUAUAUUAUUUAUACCGUUUAUUAAUAUUGCUUAUUUGAUAUUGUUUUUGUAUAUUAAAUAUUAUAAAAGUACUUUGUAAUUAGGUUUGAUAGGUAAUAAUUUUUUUUUUCUGAAUAUAGCCAAAUAUACCUAUUUAUGCUUCCCUUUGAGUUGUUUGUGUGAUAUUCAUAUGUCUUUAAUAAUUUUGUAAUACGUCAUAAUUAUUUAUGUAAAUUAUAAAUUAUAUAAUAAAUAAUUAUAUCUCAA